AUGCCAGUGUUUGCAGAAGUAUGGAUUUGUCUGCUGUCACUUCUCCAUCUGGCGUGGGCAAGAGUAAUCAACCAUGGCAACAAUGUGUUCCUUCCAGACCAGUCGGCUGUCAGUUUCCUUUCCCGCUCGCUUCUCUACAACAGCUGGGACUUCGAGUUGGUGGUACAGGGUAAUCUGGAGAGAGAAUGUUUAGAGGAGAUGUGCUCUUAUGAGGAGGCUAGGGAGGUGUUUGAGAAUGAUGCAGACACAGCUGCAUUUUGGAAGGAUUAUGUCAACAGUUAUGAAUCUGUGCCCCGGGUGGAUGUGUCCGGUCUGGUAGCUGGGAUCUUGGCCGUCGUGAUAACAGCAGUCAUUGCCACUGUGGUGGGCUGCUACUUCUGCAAAAACAGGGGCAAAAACAUCAGACGAGGGGGCAGUGUCCCUGUUCGGAUGGCAGCAGAUGGGCGCCCAGCUCCAGAGGCAGUGCCCCUAUCAGCCAUAGAUGCUCCAAGACUGCCCAGUUACAAUGAGGCUUUGACCCGAAGUGGCCAACAUGAUGCCCCUCCGCCUCCCUACUCUGGGGGAGCUCCAUCUGAGGCCCCAGAUCCACCAGAGGACCCAGCAGAAACCAUCUGA